CUUCAUUUCAUCACCUUCCUUCAUUCACUCUUUCUCAAUCAAAUUCCACACCUAACUAACAAUGGCCAGAGGAAAGAUCCAGAUCAAGAGAAUCGACAAUGAUACUAACAGACAAGUAACCUACUCUAAGCGCCGUAAUGGGCUCUUCAAGAAGGCAGGUGAACUUACUGUUCUAUGUGAUGCUAAGGUCUCCAUCAUCAUGCUCUCAAGCACUGGAAAACUCCAUGAAUACAUCAGCUCCUCCAUUUCGACAAAACAGUUGUUUGAUCAUUACCAGAACACACUGGCGGUUGAUCUUUGGAGCUCAAAGUAUCAGAGAAUGCAAGAGCACUUGAAGAAACUAAAAGAAGUGAAUAGACUUCUUAGAAUGGAGAUUAGCCAGAGGAUGGGUGAGAAUCUGGGUCAGCUUUGUUAUGAAGAAGUGACGAAACUCGAACAAGAUGUGGACAGUUCAUUGCAGCAAAUCCGAGAUCGUAAGUUUAAGGUGCUUGGAAACCAGAUUGAGAUUCACAAGAAGAAGCUGAGGAAUGUGGAACAGACUCAUAGAAACUUACUCCAGCAAUUUGGUUUUAGGGAGGAAGAAGAAGCACAGUAUGGAUUGGUUGAGAAUGAAGGGGGUUGGCUGUAAUGGCUUGAUGAUGAUGAUGAUUAUGAAGAAGAUGAUAAGUGUGAGAAUUGAUCAAUCAAAGACUACUAAUAAAUAGCAUAAUAGCUUUAAAAUCACUUGUUUGAUCAUAUCUACACUUACUAUAUUUUUACUUAUUUCACUUGUCUGAGGACUUGCAAUUAUGACAAGUAUGCCUAUAUAUAUAAUGAAUUUAUAGUCCUAUUAAU